AUGUCGCUCGGCACGACCCAUGUCCCGGACGUGCUAGCCGCCGAACUCGAGGCCGUCCGCAACCGCGACACCUCCUCGACCAUUUCUAAGGACGAAGACGUAGAAAACUACGGCAGCAGCAGCGGCAGCCAGAAACAGCCGGAGUACCGCGGCUUCGAAGACCAUGCCAAGGACUCCGUGCGCGACUUGGCCCGCACUCUCACGCACGAGGGCGGCAACGCGCAAAGUCCGGUAAACCCGGUCUUCUCCGACCCGCAAGCCUCCGACUACGACGCCCGGCUCGACCCGAACUCGGACCAAUUCUCGUCCGCGUUCUGGGUCCGCAACUUGAGCGAAUUGGUCCGGCAAGACCCGGACCACUACAAACCGUACUCGCUAGGCUGCUCGUGGCGCAACCUGCGAGCCUACGGUAACGCCACAGACGUGGCCUACCAGGCCACUGUGGCCAACUUGCCAGUGCAACUGGUUCAAUCCGUGUAUCGUAUGGCCCGCAAGGCCCGUCCAGAAGACACUUUUGAUAUUCUUAAGCCCAUGGACGGUCUGGUAAAGCCCCGCGAAUUGCUGGUGGUUUUGGGUCGUCCCGGCUCAGGCUGUUCCACUUUGCUAAAGACGGUUUCGUCCAACACACACGGGUUCCACGUGGACCCAGAGUCGCAACUGUCGUACGACGGUCUCACACCCAAGGAAGUGGCCAAACACUAUAGAGGUGAAGUCGUUUACAACGCCGAAUCCGAUGUGCAUUUCCCACAUUUGACCGUUUUCCAAACGCUUAAAACCGUGGCCCGUCUGGCUUGUCCUUCCAAUAGAAUCCACGGCGUGGAUCGAGAAGCUUUCUCAACGCACAUCACAGAGGUCGCCAUGGCAACGUACGGUCUGUCGCACACACGUGACACCAAGGUCGGAAACGAACUGGUGCGUGGUGUAUCCGGAGGAGAGCGUAAGCGUGUCUCUAUCGCCGAGGUUUCGAUCUGCGGGUCCAAGUUUCAGUGUUGGGACAACGCCACCCGUGGUUUGGACUCCGCCACGGCUCUGGAGUUCAUCCGUGCCUUGCAGACCCAGGCUAAGCUCACGGCCAGCGCUGCGGUCAUCGCCAUCUACCAGUGUUCCCAGGACGCAUACGACCUAUUCGACAAAGUCUCGGUGUUGCACGAGGGCUACCAGAUCUACUUUGGCCCUGCCAAAAACGCAAAGGACUAUUUCGAACGCAUGGGCUACGUGUGUGCCCCACGUCAAACCACCGCCGAUUUCGUCACCGCCAUCACCAACCCUGCAGAAAGACAGGUCAGAGACGGUGCCAAACCUCCUGCUACCGCUGUCGACAUGGAACACUACUGGAAACAGUCGCCCGAAUACGCACAGUUGCUGCGUGAUAUCGCAGAGUACGAGGCCACCGGCGGCGCCAGCGGCGAUAGCGACGAUAACGCCGUCGACCGGAAACAACAGCUCGCCGAUAAUCACGUGGCAAAGCAGUCACGCCGCGCACGUCCCCAAUCACCAUACACGGUGAGCUUUUGGCUUCAGAUCAAGUAUCUGUUGAUCCGUAACAUGCAGCGUAUUCGCAGUAACAUGGAUGUGACCGGGUUCCAGGUAAUUGGUAAUGGUGCCAUGGCCUUCAUUCUGGGGUCCAUGUUUUACAAGAUUUUGAAACACGACACCACUGAUGGUUUCUACUCGCGUGCCGGUGCGCUGUUUUUCGCCGUGCUGUUCAACGCCUUCUCGUGUAUGCUGGAGAUUCUCGCGCUUUAUGAGGCGCGUCCGAUCUCCGAAAAGCACAAACGGUACUCGCUGUAUCACCCGGCCGCCGACGCCAUGGCCUCGGUGAUCUCCGAAAUCCCAUCUAAGCUUAUCACGUCUGUGACCUUCAACCUGGCACUUUACUUCCUGUGCAACUUCAAGCGCGAAGCAGGUGCCUUUUUCUUCUAUUACCUCAUGACUAUCGUGGCCACGUUUCUGAUGUCGCACAUUUUCCGUUGUCUCGGUGCUUCUACAAAGACGUAUGCAGAAUCGAUGGUACCGGCAUCGGUGCUGUUGCUGGCUCUAGCCAUUUACACCGGGUUUGCCAUUCCAAAGACCAAGAUCCUCGGAUGGUCCAAAUGGAUCUGGUACAUCAACCCGCUGUCGUAUGUCUUUGAGUCUUUGAUGGUUAACGAAUUCCAUGGCCGUAAGUUUGAAUGCUCCACGUACAUCCCGGCGGGUCCUGCCUAUCUGGAUGUUAGCGGAACCCAGCGCGUCUGCUCUGCGGUGGGCGCCGUCCCAGGCCAGAGCUACGUGGACGGUGAAACCUACAUUAACGUCGCUUACGGCUAUUACCACAAACACAAAUGGCGUGGGCUCGGUAUCGGGCUCGCCUAUGCGAUCUUCUUUUUGGGAGUCUACUUGGCUGUGGUCGAAUUCAACGAAAGUGCCAAGCAACGUGGUGAAAUCCUAGUAUUUCCGCAGUGGGCAAUCAGGCGCAUGAAGAAGCAGCGUAAGCUGCAGUCGCGUCUAGGAGCAGACCCUGCAGAUGAGGAACACCGUGCAGCUGCAGGCACCAAUGAGAAGAAGCUACUAGAAGACUCCGCAGAAGAUGAGGACGUCAACAGCAGCAGUGCGGCCGUGUCUGAGGACGCAGGCAUGCUCUCAUCUUCAGAGGCAAUCUUCCACUGGCGUAAUGUAUGUUUUGACGUGGCUAUCAAGAAAGAAACUCGUCGUAUUCUGGACCAUGUAGACGGAUGGGUCAAACCCGGCACUCUGACCGCGCUGAUGGGCGCCUCAGGUGCUGGUAAGACCACAUUACUGGAUUGUUUGGCGUCGCGUGUUACCACGGGUGUUAUUACCGGCGAUAUGUUCAUCAACGGGUUUUUGCGGGAUGCUUCGUUUGCACGGUCCAUCGGCUACUGCCAACAACAAGAUCUGCAUUUGGAAACGGCCACUGUUCGUGAAUCGCUACGGUUUUCCGCUUACUUGCGUCAACCAGCGCACGUCUCGCGUGCUGACAAGGACCGGUACGUGGAAGACGUGAUUCGGAUUUUGGAAAUGGCAAAAUACGCCGACGCUGUCGUGGGUGUUGCCGGAGAAGGUCUGAAUGUGGAACAACGUAAGCGACUCACCAUCGGUGUCGAGCUGGCCGCCAAGCCUAAGCUGCUGCUGUUCUUGGAUGAGCCCACUUCCGGUCUGGACUCCCAGACCGCAUGGUCUAUCUGUCAAUUGAUGCGUAAGCUAGCCAACCACGGUCAAGCCAUCUUGUGCACAAUUCACCAACCCUCGGCCCUUUUGAUGCAGGAGUUUGACCGUCUGUUGUUCUUACAGCGUGGUGGUAGAACCGCGUAUUUCGGAGAUCUCGGUUCCGGAUGCCAGACCAUGAUUGACUACUUUGAACGUAACGGCGCGCACAAAUGCCCUCCCGGAGCCAACCCGGCCGAGUGGAUGCUGGAAGUGAUCGGCGCCGCGCCUGGAUCGCAUGCCGCGCAAGACUACCAUGAAGUAUGGCGCAACUCAGACGAGUACCGCGCCGUGCAGGAAGAGCUGGAAUGGAUGGAACGCGAACUGCCCAACCGUCCUGUGGACACCAGUAACGAGCAGUCCGAAUUCUCCACUUCGUUGGUUUACCAGUAUACGCUGGUGACACACCGGUUGUUGCAACAAUACUGGCGUACGCCAUCGUAUCUGUGGUCAAAGAUCGGGCUAACCAUUAUUUCACAGAUCUUCAUUGGUUUCACGUUUUUCAAGGCCGAUAGCUCCAUGCAAGGGCUGCAAAACCAGAUGUUGUCAAUCUUUAUGUUCACAGUGAUCUUCAACCCAACGCUACAGCAGUACUUGCCAACUUUUAUCUCACAAAGAGACUUGUACGAGGCGCGUGAGCGGCCAUCGCGUACCUUCUCAUGGCUCGCCUUUAUUUUGUCUCAGAUCAGCGUGGAAAUUCCUUGGAACAUUUUUGCUGGGACAAUCGCUUUCGUGGUUUACUACUACCCAGUAGGAUUCUACAACAACGCAUCGUUCGCAAACCAGCUGCAUGAACGUGGUGCUUUGUUCUGGCUUUACGCGACCGCGUUCUACGUGUUUACUGGUUCAAUGGCACAACUGGUUGUUGCUGGCCAGGAAGUGGCUCAGGCCGCUGGCCAAAUCGCCUCUUUGCUCUUCACACUGACACUAUCGUUCUGUGGUGUGAUGGUCCAGCCAUACAACAUGCCCGGGUUCUGGAUCUUCAUGUACCGUGUGUCGCCAUUGACCUACUUUAUCGACGGUGCGUUGUCCACCGGUAUUGCCAACGCUGAUGUGCACUGUUCGGAUUACGAAAUGGUGCGGUUCACCCCACCACAGGGCCAAACAUGUGGCCAGUACAUGAACACCUACAUUACAACCGCUGGAACUGGGUACCUGGCAGACGCCGGAGCCACUGACGAAUGUCGGUUCUGCUCGGUCUCGACGACCAACGAUUAUUUGAAGGCCGUGAGCUCGAAGUACUCGCACCGCUGGAGAAACUACGGGAUUUUCCUAGCGUUCAUCAUGUUCAAUUUUGCCGCAGCGACCUUUUUCUACUGGCUAGCGCGUGUGCCCAAGAAGAGAAACAGAGUGGCGGACGAACGUAAGUCAGAGGCACAGAAGCUAAAGGAGAAAUAG